GUGCAAACCUCUGGAUCAGAUCAGAGCGCUAUACCUGCCCUUGGGUCCACGCACGACUUGUGUCAGACUUUUUGUGUUUCAUAAUGUGCCAAUAAUUUUGCUUUUUUUCCCCUUUGCGAAUAUCAACUGAUCCGCCGCAAUGAAGAAGAGCCCGCUUAGUUUUCUGGGUCGAAAGAAUCAGUCACUUUUCGACACCAACGUGAAAAUGAAGGACACGGGUAAUAUGGACUUGGUGUUGGGCUCAGGGACCAUCAUUGAAUCUGGGACAGCCAGUGUGAAAGCCCGGCCCACUGUCAAACACUAUUCUUCGUCUGACAGUUUCCAGGCAUUUGCUGUCCCUACACCCACAGUACCCCACUACGCCCCUGCAAUCAAUGGUACAAAGAUCAAUGGAUCAGUGAGUGACGACCAGUCCUCUAACGGGUCGACUAUCUCUGUGACUGACCCGAUUGAGGGCGAGAUCUUCGUACCGGCCCCUCCCUCCAUGGCCCCACCUCCUCCCCCCACUGAGGUCUUCGUGCUCCCCCCUCCAGAGUUUAUGGGUGACCUCAGCACUCUGCAGUGUCCUCCGAUGCCUGGUUCAAAAGCGCCAUCACAGUUUGUCUCUUUGCAAGAAGACAAUUUCACUUUUUUGGCUCCUCCACCCAUGUCGCCACCAAAGCCUCCAUCUACGGGAUCAAACAGUUCACCAGUGCCUAUUUUAAGCUCAGUAGAAACCACGAUCCCUGAGCAUCCCAAAUACGCGCCACCACAACCACCUGCAGAAAAACCAAAAUCCUACAAGAAUCCACCUCCAAAGCCUAUUCGGAUAUCAUCCGUGCAAAAUCUAGACACUCCACCGGAUACACCUGCCCCUCCUCCCCCAGUGCAUACUCCCACGCCGUCCACUUUCAAUCCUCAGUCUCCUGCAAAGCUUUACAAUUCCCCCAAAUCAUCAUUUGUGAACAGUUACGAAGACCCAAGCCCAAAAAUCAAACCUAAAUUGUUCUUUGAAGAUGCAAGAUCUGGGCCAGUUGUUCAAAAUGACACUAAACUACAAACUCAAUCUAUGGAUGUACAAAAAGACAUAAAGUCAGCACUUCCCAAGCCAGUACAAAUUGAGACAACACCAAAGACCUCAUUCCAAAUGACCCCACCCCAAACUACACCACCCAAAAUGGCCCCGCCAAAAAUUCCUCCACUCCAAAUGACCCCACCCCAAACUACACCACCCAAAAUGGCCCCGCCAAAAAUUCCUCCACUCCAAAUGACCUCACCUCAAAGUACGCCACCCAAAAUCACCCCACCCCAAAUUACACUACCCAAAAUCAUCCAACCCAAAAAUAGCCCACCCCAAAUUACCCCAUGCACUUCCCCUCAGUCUAACCCAGAUCGCAAACCACUCACUGCCGCAAGCUUAAAAGAAUUGAACAAGACUCCCAAAAUUACUCCAGUUCAGAAAAUCACCAGUCUAAAACCCGAAAAAUUAGACAAGCCAGACGGAUCUCCAACACUUAAUGGCAAAUAUAGUCCAAUAAUAGAUAACAAGCUGCGUAACAUCAGUGCUCCAAGUACGACAAAGGACACGUCUCCUCUAGCUCUGUUGAUGGCUGCUAAGCAAAGAGACAAACACAAACCAAUCACACAUGAAACUAGCGUAGCAAACCGAAAUUCUUUAUUGUCGACCAAUUCUGGUUCAACCUUGUCAUUAAAUUCAGUGGAACUACAACCAGAGAGUCCAAAGCCUGAACCACUUUAUGCAAUGCCAAAUAAACAACCAAAAGAAGUGAACACUGCACUGUCAUCUGCAAGCCUACUUCUAAACAAGACCGUAGAGCCAGUACCAGGAUCCUCUAGUCUAACUACACCAAAUCUCCCAAAAGUUGAUGAAAGUAAACCUGAUUUGGAUGUGCCUUUCCUUCCUCCUCCACCAGAGUUUGAUGAUUUGGAUGAAAUAGAGCCACCUCCUACUAUGAGACCACCUGAUCUGCCCAAAAUGUCAGCACCAAGCUUUACACCUGUCCCACCACCUCCUCCACCUAAACUACCUGCACAGACGACAAUCGCUACACCUAUCAUACCAACUCCACCCAAACCAGCACCUGCACCCCCACUAGCGCCCCAGCUUCCUCCUCAUAUAUUGGAUACUACUGUUAAAUCCAAGCCACCACCAGUCCUGGCUAAACCCAAACCAGCGCAGGCUCCUCUACCUACUGCAUCUACACCCAACCAAACCACUCUGCUCAACAUCCUCAAAAAGAAGAUGAUGGAGAUGGAUCAAAAAAUAGGUCCUGAUUCGAGUGAACAAGAGUCUAAUUCGGACGACUGGGGUUCACCAGAGGACAAUGAAGUGCCAGUAAUGCCAAAAGUGAAUUUGCCAAAAAAUACAGCAGACAGUAGAUUCGCAUCUCUGGACAUGGGUGAGCUGCAGACCAAAAUGACACAGAAAAAUCAGGAGCCAAACAAAAUCCCUGUUUCAACCAGCAAAGGACCCUCAAGACAACAGUAUGGUAUGACAUUCACCGUUCGACCUGGGAACAAAGAGCCCAUUACGCUGGUCAGUAAAGGCGAGUAAUACUAUACAUAAA